AUGUCUCCAGUACCAGAACCCAUACUUAAAGCCCUCUCACUCCCAUCCGAAUCAAAAGUCGGUCUCUCCACAUCCGGCCUAGGCUCAGGUUUCACAAGCACAGGCACCAUCCACGCCCAGGUUCCUGGCAAAAAUGGUAUAGAGGAGCGACGCUACUUCGUAAAAACCUCCUCAAAUGGCAAAGCUGCAGAAGAAAUGUUCCAAGGCGAAUACGAGUCCCUCAACGCAAUUGCAGCCUCAGUACCAGGUUUCUGUCCGCAAGCCCUAGCUAGGGGACCACUCGACGAGCCGGGGACAAAAGCCAAAACACAUUUCCUCGCAACUGAGUUCCUUGAUCUUGGCGGAAGGAUGAGCCGCAGCACGGGUGAGGAAACCACACUCGCGCACCGCCUCGGAAAGCUGCAUACCACACCAGCACCUCCAGACCCGAACACCGGCCGCCGCAGAUUUGGAUUCCCCGUGCCGACCUUCUGUGGUGAUACCAAGCAGCCAAACAGAUUCUGUGAUAGCUGGGCUGAGUUCUAUGCGAACGAACGACUGCUUACGAUCCUGGCGACAUCUGAAGAGCGCAAUGGACCCGAUGCUGACCUGCGCGAGGCGGUUGAGAAAACGGCACAUAAGGUUGUGCCUCGGCUGCUUGGGGAUAGCCAUUUAGGGUAUAAUUCCAGUGGUGAGGGAGAAGGGAUUGUACCCGUUGUUAUUCAUGGGGAUUUAUGGAGUGGGAAUGCUGGUUGGGGUAGGAUUGUUGGCUCGGGCCGUGAUGACACGCCUGGGGAUGUGGUGUAUGAUCCAGCAGCUUGCUAUGGACAUAGUGAGUUUGAGCUUGGGAUUAUGCAUAUGUUUGGUGGGUUUGGGGCUCGGUUCUUUGAUCAAUAUCAUCGUAUUGUGCCGAAGACUGAGCCUGUGGCGGAGUAUGCUGAUCGGGUGGAAUUGUAUGAAUUUCACUGCGUCUUCAUCUUCCAGCUUCCAAAGACAUUGCUUGAUAUUGCCAUAUUCCACGGAAAUAUAACAAACCGCCAUGGCGCGCAAUAUGAGAAACGAGUCCCCCCGUGGGAGCUCAACGAUGGAACCCGGCCUACAGUCGAAAACUGCAUCGAGGCAAUGGGUGUCAACCCUCUUCGCGAAACUUCAUUACGUCUUCAGGGCGUAGCAUGGAUCGACAGCGUGCGGAGAGCCCUCAACCUUCCCAUUCGCACUUUUGACACGGCAGUGGGAUAUUAUCACCGGUUUCGAUUGGUGCACCCAGACAAUGAGUAUAAUUUCAAUGAUGCUGCAGCUGCGGCUCUAUUCACAGCAUGCAAGAUCGAAGAUACGCUCAAAAAAUCGCGAGACAUCGUCUGCGCAGCGUACAACUUGAAAUUAUCGCCAUCAGAGCACCUAUCUGCUGAUGAUCCAAUGUUUGAAUCCAGUGCGCGUGGCAUCAUCGGUCUCGAACGACUCAUGUUAGAGGCCUCUGGCUUUGACUUUCGAACUCGGCAUCCCCAAAAGACCCUCAUGAAGCUGGGUCGGCAUUAUGGACUACUAAAAGGCUCCGAAGUCUCCAAUCUUGCCUACCGAAUUUCAUCCGAUCUUUACCGUACAUUUGCACCCAUCAAACAAAGCUCAUCAACGAUGGCAUUUAGCUGCCUUGAGCUUGCAGGACGACUCUUGGACCAGCGCGUCGAACAAGUGGAGUCCGGGGUAGACUAUGCGCAGUGGAGCACCAGCCGAGCAGAAAUAAUGGAAACCCUCUUUGACCUCUUAGAACUUUACACCCAUCAUCGCUCACAAACCACCGUCGGCUCGGAAUUCCCAGCAGACCGGUUCCUAACAGUCCGGAUCCCGCUCAACCAAGAAGCCAGCGAGCACAACAUUCCACGCUACCAUCCAUGGAUCGGUCACCCACGUAAACAAUCCAAUGGCAGUGGCACUAAUGACCAAGGUGCUCCACGACCUGCUCAUCCCUUGACACCAAUUGCAGCGAACGGGGACCGCCAUAGGACAGGCGAGCGAGGCCGCGACGCUGCAGUGCGAUUCAUGCUCGAUCCCGCAUGUGCGGAUGAGGAGAGGCGUCAGGUCGCGGCGUAUUUCAAGGUCGAAAUGGAAGAAUAUGAAGUCGACGGGUAA